GCCACAUCCAGCACUUGGAGCCAGCACGUUCUGGGGACGCUGGGCACCUCCUGCCAUGACUGCUAACCCUGGGCAGGCGCUGAGUGCCCUCCUGCUCACCCUCCUGCUGAGACUCACAGGUGGGCGGCCCUCCAUCUCUCUGGUGGGCCCGACUCGGAGGACAACCCCUAAGAAUCCAGUGUCUUUCAACUGCACCGCCGGUCCCUUCAGCUCCUCAGACUUCAAUGUCACCUGGGUGAAGGACAGAGAUGAGCAUCCCGCCUCGGCUCAGCGCCUAGUGACCGACAACAAAGGCAAUUACUCCGUCACCAUUGUCCCCACCCUGAAGAUCACCACCAAGCCCUCUGCAAUGCAAAUCCGUGUGCAUCAGAGAGUGAAUCUCACAUGUCAUGUGAACCACUUCUAUCCCUCCCGCCUGCACCUCAUCUGGAUGGAGAACAGGCACAAGGUACAGACCGUGGAGUCCCCCCAGGUCACCAGAAACCCAGAUGGGACCUACUCUCUGGAGCACACCUGGCAGGUAGAGGCUACGCUGGAUGGGAGAGAGUUUGCCUGCUGGGUGGUCCAGGAUGAGCAGCCCCCAGUCCAGGCCAACAUCACCCUGCGGGCUCAGGCAUCCAGACUAUGGAAAGGCAUGAACAGCUACUCUUCUGCCCUGCAAGGCCCUCUUCAGCGCUCUGAGCCAGGCACAAACAUCCCACUGACCUUCACGUCCUCUGGAUUCUCCACGGGUCAGGUUACUGUGACCUGGCUUAAAAACUCCCACCAGCUGUUAAAGUCCCAGACCAGCGUCCACCCUUAUGGAGACACCUACAAUGUGACCAGCAGUGUGCUCAUCCUUCUGCAGGCUGACGACGUGCAGUCCCUUGUCCUCUGCCAAGUCAAGCACAUGUCCAUACUGGUUUCCCAGAAAACCAUCAGACUGGAGCAGUACCUCCGUGUCCCCCCUACAGUGACUGUGUCCCAGUCUUCACAUUCUUUGGAUGUGGUGGCAGUUACCUGCCAUGUGCAGAGAUUCUAUCCACAGAAUGUGCGUCUCAGCUGGUUGGAGAACUGCCAUAUGUUCAAGGGAGCUGUGCAACCCUCGUCCAAGCAGAAUAGUGAUGGUACCUACACCUUGGAAAGCUUGCAUUUGGUGAAUGCCUCAGUGUGGGAGUCUGAACGUGUACUUACCUGUAAAGUGCAGAAUGAGACCCAGCCUCCCAUCCAGGCCAGCCUCAUACUGUCCACAGCAGUGCAGAACACAUACAAACUCAUUGGGAGCACAGGUCCAAAGAUGCCUGCCCUUAUCCUGAUGGCUUUCCUCCUGGGCUUCAAAGUGGUGCUGGUGAUCAGUUUCAUAGCCACCUAUUUCCACAGGUGGUGGAACCUGUAACAGGUCCUGCAUACUCUGUGAUACACUGCCUCCCUACCUGUGCAAGGGGCUCAAGUGGAAAGAAGCUAUAAGGACUGGAGAUGACUCAAGAUUCCCCACCCUUCACUCUGCUUUCCCCACCUCCAACAUGAACACACUCCCUUCCAUACACCCUCCUAUGUUCCUUCUCUCUGAUCUUUGGAAUUGAGUCAAGGACGGACAAUGGUCACGUUGAUCCGGAAUGUCUGGACCCUGAUGCACUGAGCUUCAAAUUGGCCCUGACUCCACCCCAAAGAGAAUCAAAUAGAUCAAGAAAAUAGGUUUCCAUUGUGCCCCUGCUCAAGAACACUUAAUUUUCAGAGCACUUUUUACUUUUAUCCAGAGCUUUUGCAAGUGUGAUUUCAUUUUAACACACAUGUACUUUAAAUCACUAAGUUGAAUAAGAUUUUUCUAUUCUGCAAUUUAUAAUAUAAAAAUAUCUACAUAACUACCUACCUUGCUAUGUUUGCAGACUGUUAACAUUUUGCUAUUGUGAGCUGUUGUUCCUUUGAAAAUUACUGUACUAGAUUUGGUAUUCAUAAUCUCAAUCAUAAUUUUAUACUUUCACAACAUAUGUAUAAAUCCUUAAGCAAUAUAUAAUAUUCCUUGCAUGUUUUAACUUUUGUAUAAAUGUUAUUAUACUGUAUACAGCCUACUGGAACUUUUAUUUUUUAUACUUAACACAGUUUUUUUUUCUUUAUUCAUAAAUUCAUACAUGAAUUUAUACAUUCAUUUAUGUAGCUUCAUUUUAUUAAUUUCCACUGCUGUAUAAUUUCUACUGUGAAAGUAUGCCACAAUGUAUUUUUGAUGGAUAUUAAAUGUUUAUGUAAUGUCUUGCUAGUAGAAUUUUGCACAAAUAUUUUCAUCUUUGUCUCUUGGGCACAUAUGGGAGAGUUCCUCUUCACCUGGUGUGUCCAUAAAGUGGACUAU